GUUUCCAGUGUGUGAUGGGUCUCCCAGAGUACUCUGAUCUGUUCUUGUCUGUUCAGUUCUCCAGUGUGAUGGGUCUCCCAGAGUACUCUGAUCUGUUCUUGGCUGUCAGUGUGUGGAGGUCCCUAGAGUACUCUGUAAUCUGUUCUUGUCUGUCAGGUUCUCACGUGUUGAUGGGGUCCCUAGAGGUUCUCCAGUGUGUGGCUCCUAAAGGAUCUUUAGCCUGCUCCAGGACUUAUUUCUUUGGAACCACUCACAUCCCCUACCUAGGGAAUGACAACAUGCAACAGAGGAAAACAGAACUCCUUCUUCUCUCUCAGAUCUAUGCAGCAGCCGUCCAGUCGGUCCUGGCUGGAAUCAAAUGCUACUCCAACACCACUAGUGCUACUAAGGCCAAGGACGUAGCAGAGCAUACCUUCCAGCUGGCACUGGACUCGGUCCACCUGCCUCAGUACAGAACUGCUCUCAGAUCUAAAAGUGUUUUCCACAUCCAAGCUGUGAACAACCAGGGCAGAAUUGUUCCUCUGAGUGAUGAAGGGAGCUGCUUCUUGGUGAAAACUGCGUCCAUGUCAGUGUACGACAUCCCAGACCUCCAGUGGGGGAAAGGAGACCUGGGCUCUGUAAUCUUCUCUGAGUCCUUCCUGGUGUCCAGCAUCAACAUCCAACAGAAAGAUGGAAGUGUUUCCUCAGACAGCUGCUACACCAUCCUGACUACAGCUCUGCCUCGCUAUGUCUGCUGGCUGGUGGAGUCUGAUGUGAAGCAUUCUGAGAAGGCCCAGGUCCUGCUGAAGGAGGAGGACGGUACCUGCCUGGGCACCUCUUUGACUACAGCAGACACAGCUCAUGUGUUCUCCAACAGCCAGCUCUCCACUCCAGAGGAAGGUAAGAUGAGCUUCUUCACAGAGGGCAUCCUGUUCCUCCAUCCUCAGUACGGCACCAUCACUCUACAGAGCCUCAUCAGCAGUAUGAAGUUGUAUGACCUGGACUCGUCGAGCGUGGUGGCAGCUCUGUUUGUACAGUAUGAAGCUGCUCUGCUGUCCCACCUGCCCUUCCCUCUCCACAGUGAUGACCACUGUUUGGUCUUUCGGCCUCAGCCACCGCUCACAGAGUCACCGAGCCUUCUACUCACAGGACUCCUUAUCUUCUCUGUGUCUGCCAUCUGUGUCGCAGGACUCCUGACUCGUCGAGCGUGGUUGGCAGCUCUGUUUGUACAGUAUGAAGCUGCUUUGCUGCUGUCCCACCUGCCCUUGCUCUCCACAUGUGACGACCACUGUUUGGUUCUUGCGGCCUCCACUACGCUCACAGAGCACCGAGCUUUCCUACUCACAG